AUGUGCGGGAACGAGGAAUCUACCGGCACUGCGCCCAGCCAGCGUGCUCCCCCGGCCACGCCCUACCAGGCCGUCCAGGACUACAUCUCCAAUGUGAACAGCUACAAGAUUAUCGAGAGCACUCUCCGCGAAGGUGAACAGUUCGCCAAUAGUUUCUUUGACACAGAGACCAAGGUCAAGAUUGCCAAGGCGCUCGAUUCAUUCGGCGUUGAUUACAUCGAACUUACGAAUCCUUGCAGCUCGGAACAAUCCUUCCAGGAUUGCAAGACCAUCUCUAACCUUGGCCUCAAGGCCAAGAUUCUUACCCAUGUCCGGUGCCACAUGGGCGACGCCAAGAGGGCUGUCGAGGCAGGAGUAGAUGGUGUAGAUUUGGUCAUUGGAACCUCGCAGUAUCUCCGAGAGUACAGCCACGGGAAGAGCAUGGAGGUGAUCCAGAAGACGGCCUUGGAGGUGAUUUCAUACCUACAGAGCCAAAAUGUUGAGAUCAGAUUCUCCUCUGAGGACUCCUUCCGUUCUGACUUGGUUGAUAUUCUCUCGCUCUAUAAGGCAGUCGAUAGAGCGGGUGUUCACCGCGUUGGUAUUGCCGAUACCGUCGGUGGGGCAACUCCUCGUAUGACGUACGACGUGGUCCGCACUCUUCGUGGUGUUGUUGGCUGUGAUAUUGAGUGCCAUUUCCAUGACGAUACUGGCUGCUCAGUGGCUGGCGCAACGCAUGUUGACACAUCCGUCCUCGGCAUUGGCGAGCGAAACGGCAUUACGCCGUUGGGUGCUUUCAUGGCAAGAAUGGUUGUUACUGCCCCCGAGUACACAAAGUCCAAGUACAACCUCAAGGAGCUGAAGGCUCUUGAGACUUUGGUAGCCGAUGCAGUAGAGAUCAAUAUCCCGUUCAACAACCCGGUCACAGGCUUUUGCGCGUUUACACACAAGGCUGGCAUUCACGCCAAGGCCAUCCUCGCCAACCCUUCGACAUACGAAAUCCUUGAUCCCGAGAUAUUCGGUCUUUCUCGCUACGUGUCGAUCAACAGCCGCAUAACCGGUUGGAAUGCUGUUCGUUCGAGAGCUGAGCAGUUGGGCCUCAGUAUGACUGAUGAGCAGGUCAAGGAAGUGACCGCCAAGAUCAAGCAGAUGGCCGAUAUCAGACCCCUUGCCAUUGAUGAUACGGACAGUAUCCUUCGGUCAUUCCACCUUGAGCUUCAGCAGUCAUAA